AUGCCACUACAAAAACGGACCGAGGACUUGAAACUGAAUGCGAACCAAUCUUUGGCAAGGGCUAUCAACUGGUCGUUCGAUCAGCAACACAGCGAUGGUCACUGGGUGGCCGAGUGCCAUUCUAAUGCGACUAUUACUGCUCAAUAUAUUUUCCUACGUCAGGCAUUCGAUAUUGAUCAUGAAGAAGCGGAUUCCUUCAAGGUCUGGAUAUUCUCCCAGCAAAAGCCAGAUGGAAGUUGGGGUCUUGCAACAAACUAUCGAGGCGAUGUCUCAACUACCACGGAAUCUUACUUGGCACUGAAGAUACUUGGCGUUUCAGGAGAUGAGCCACGGAUGGUAAACGCUAGGAGAUUUGUGUUGAACCACGGGGGAUGCGAAAAAGUUCGAUUUUUCACACGCUUCUUUCUUGCAUCCUUUGGCUUGUUUCCAUGGAAUUCUGUACCACAGCUUCCUGCAGAGUUUAUAUUAGCUCCUUCAUGGUUUCCCAUCAAUAUACAAAGUCUGUCAUACUGGGCGAGAGCUACGCUCAUUCCAAUGUUAUGUCUCAGAUACCACGAGCCCGUAUAUGCACUACCGAACGGCCUGAGUCGAGACAACAAUUUCCUUGAUGAACUCUGGUGUGAUCCAGCUAACAAGAACGUUCCAUACGCACCUUCCUUAUUGAGCAUAUUAAAAAGGCGUGAAUGGGUACAAGCUGGCUUUACUCUAUUGGACCAUAUAAUUGCACGGACAAACCUCGCCAAGAACAGUCCGCUAAACAAAUAUGCUAGAACUCAAUGUGUCGAGUGGAUACUUCGGCAUUUCGAGCAGAAUGGACAUAUAGGUGGCGUGUGGCCGCCAAUGCAUACUGCAACCUGGGCUUUAUUAGAAGAAGGAUAUGACAUGAAGCAUCAUAUAAUUAGUAGGAGUUUUACCGCGAUGGAGGAUUUCUGUAUCUCAGAUCAAAAUGGAAAGCGUGUUCAGCCGACAACUUCACCAGUCUGGGAUACGGUGCUCAUGCAAUUCGGGCUUUGCGAAAUCGAGAUGCUCAAACAUGAUUCACGACUUUGCAAGGCUCAUGAUUGGAUCUUGAAAAUGCAGUCACCAGCAAACACACUAUCAGGCGACUGGAGAAUAUUCAAACCCAAGCUGUGUAGCGGUGGCUGGUCUUUCCAGUAUCAUAACUCAUGGUUUCCUGAUAUUGACGAUACAGCAGUAGCCGUAAUGGCACUAAUCAAAUAUGACGUCCAUAUUGUUAAAUCAGAUUCCAUUGUAAGAGCCAUUACUUGGAUGUUAGGAAUGCAAAAUCCAGAUGGUGGUUGGGGCGCAUUUGAUUGGAAUAACAACAAAAUGUACCUCAAUAAAAUCCCAUUCAACGAUAUGAACGCUCUUUGUGAUCCCAGCACAGCAGACAUUACCGGGCGUUUGCUUGAGUGUUUCGGUGUGAUUCUUAGCAGUCCGAAGGUCGAAUUGAUUCCUACCUCAUUGAUCCAAAAAAUCGAUGUAGCGACUAACAAAGCAAUUGAAUUCGUCCUGAAGUCACAAGAGUUGAACGGCUCCUGGUGGGGACGAUGGGGGUGUAACUACAUCUAUGGAAGCAGUAAUGUCAUGCGUGGAAUAUCUCAUCUUGUGCAUAAUAAUUAUCAACUGCAGCUAGCUGCAUCAAAGUGUAUCAGCUGGCUCAGAAACUGUCAGAACACAUGCGGUGGCUGGGGCGAGGGCUAUGAGUCGUACGAUAACCCUGAACUCGCCGGAAAAGGAAUCACCACAGCAUCACAAACCGCAUGGGCUAUUUUAGCCAUGCUCCCUUAUUGCCCUCCUACUGAUACUACUAUUAGAAAAGGGAUAGAAUUUCUCAUAUCGUCACAAACUGACUUUUCUGACCAUGGGAUGUCAUGGCCAGUGCACGCAAUGACUGGAACUGGUUUUCCUGGUACCUUCUACGUAGGAUAUCCGCUUUAUGAACAUUACUUCCCACUCAUGGCCUUAGCCAAAUUCGUGCAG